AAAUAAAAUAUAAAUAAAUAUAUAUAUAAAUUUAUAAAUCUUCUACUAUUACUUUUAACUCUGUAUUUGCCGGGAAUCGAGAUUUUGAUCCUAAAACUUGUAUUUGAUCCAUCAUUUCCGUGUUAACUCGCCUCCUCCGAUUCGUGAAUCGGAAACGUAGAUAGAUCUGUAAAUGGCGCAUUACAGAUCGAGAUUCUUCGUUUUAAUUUAUUUUUCACUUUUACUUAUCGCUACUGCUGCCAAAAGUUAUUAUGAUAUAUUACAAGUUCCGAAAGGUGCGUCAGAUGAACAGAUUAAACGGUCGUAUAGAAAGCUGGCGUUGAAAUAUCAUCCUGAUAAGAAUCAAGGAAACGAAGAUGCUAACUUAAAAUUCGCCGAGAUUAACAACGCUUAUGAAGUGUUGUCAAAUAGUGAGAAAAGGAGUAUUUACGAUCGGUAUGGUGAAGAUGGGCUUAAACAGCAUGCUGCUGGUGGCGGAGGAGGCGGAGGGAUGGAUAUCAACGACAUAUUUAAAUCGUUUUUUGGUGGUGGGGGCCAACAAGAAGAGGAAGAGAGAGUGGCAAAAGGUGAUGAUGUCAUUGUUGACUUGGAUGCAACACUGGAGGAUCUGUACAUGGGAGGGUCAUUAAAGGUCUGGAGGGAGAAAAACGUUUUAAAACCUGCUCCAGGAAAACGACAAUGCAACUGUCGGAAUGAGGUUUAUCACAGGCAAAUUGGCCCGGGGAUGUUCCAACAGAUGACAGAGCAGGUCUGUGAGCAGUGCCCUAAUGUUAAGUAUGAAAGGGAAGGCAACUUUAUUACUGUCGAUAUUGAGAAAGGAAUGCAAGACGGACAAGAAGUGGUGUUUUAUGAGGAGGGUGAACCAAUUAUAGAUGGUGAAGCUGGAGAUCUUAAGUUCCGCAUUCGUACAGCACCACAUGACAAGUUUAGGAGAGAAGGCAAUAACCUUCAUACUACUGCAACAAUAACCUUGUCGCAAGCACUAGUUGGUUUUGAGAAGAAAAUUACACACCUUGAUGAACAUCAAGUGGAUAUUGGCACAAAGGGAAUUACUAAACCAAAGGAGGUGAGGAAGUUCAAAGGUGAAGGGAUGCCGUUGCAUUUUAGCAAUAAGAAGGGUGACCUAUAUGUUACUUUUGAAGUCCUUUUCCCUACAUCACUAACAGAUGAUCAGAAGAGCAAGAUUAAAGCCAUUCUUGGUUAGAAUACAUGUAUAAUAGUUCUUACUUCCAAUUGUAAAAUCAGGAGGCUGCUAUAGAUUCAUUAUUUAGGUUGGGUGGCCCAUAGAUUUUUCUUCAUUUUCCAAAGUAGUUCUGUUCUAUUAAGCAUCCUGUACCAGGAUGCAGAUCCUCUUCUAGGUUACACCUUUUUUCAGCAACCUCUGUUCUGUAAAAUUUGAAAUAUAAAUUUUGUACUUUCUACGCUGAGUAAAAAUGAGGCUACCUGAAUUUUGUAUCCAA